CUCCGGCGCCGCCUCGCCUUCUCUUGCUUCCAGCGCGUCGCCUCUUAGACCGCGUUCGGGAGGGGCGCCCUCAGUCCAUCGACGAUCGCGGGAGCGGCGGCUGUGGCGGCGGAGGACGAGGACCCAGCAGCGGCAGCCCCCGAAGGCAGCGAGCGAGCGGCGGAUCUUCCCGAGGGGAAGCAUCGCCCCGGCUGUUGGUUUCCCUCCGUCUUCCUAAUUGGUGACCCCGCCUUCCACAACCAGGGACACCAUGGACAGAUGAUCUUGGCUCUGCACCGCCAUGCUCCAGAUGCGUGGCCGCUACCUGCUGCUCUUCCUGGGAGUGCAGCUGGUGGUGAUGGCCCUGCUGUACCGCGAGGGCUACCGGAAACGCGUUGCUUAUUUCCUAGGCAUUUUUUGCAAAGGGGGCACAUUUACUAUGCUGAACGGCUUCCCCAACGCGUCCCUGCCGGGGGAUGUCUAUGCCAACCUCAGCCUGAUUGCUCGGCCACCUGUGCCCCCCGAGGAACUUCCCUACUGCCCUGAAGUCUCGCCUUUUCUUGGAGGGCCCAUUCGAGUGACGCUUCCCUUGGGAUUGACGCUUGAAGAUGUCCUACGGAGGAAUCCCUAUGUGACCAAAGGGGGGCGUUACCGUCCUCCCGACUGUGACGCCACUCACAAAACGGCCGUCAUCAUCCCCCACCGUAAUCGGGAGCAGCACCUCAAGUACCUGCUGUAUUACUUGCACCCUUUCCUGCAACGACAGCAGCUCAGUUAUGGCAUCUAUAUCAUCCAUCAGGGUAGCCCUAAGUGGAAUGGUGAUCUCUCGCCCGUCUAUUCAGUAUGGCCGUUACCGCAUGAUCAAACACGGACACGACAAGGGCAAUGAACAGAAUCCCAAGAGAUUUAACUUGCUGGCCAAGACGAGGAGGACGUGGAAACAAGAUGGUAUGAACACCCUGGAGUAUGACCUGCUCUCCAAGGAACUCCACCCUCUCUAUACCAACAUCACUGUGUUCAUUGGGACUGAGAAGGGCAUGAAGCACACCACAUGAGGCAUAUCUGACAGAGUGGCGCGGGGACAGGAGCCCCACCCUGCACUGCUUCUGGAUGGACGAAACCAAAGAUUCCAGUGGGGGAGAUCUUGCCCAGAGUCGUCGGAUGGCUGUGAUCAUAUUCUGACUGCAGACUUCAACCAGGGUGCUGUGAGCAACAGCACUUGCAGUGACUGAAUGAGGAUUUUACACAGCCCACUGCCCACCCCACCCCUUUACCCCCAGGUUUGGGCCUUUUUUUAACCCUGGGGAUUGAGGUGGGUUAUCUGACCUUUCCUGGGAUGCCUUCCGAACCUUGGCUGGAGGAGCGGCGAUGAAGUCAUUAAAGGGGCUCCCUUUAAGCAAUCCGAAUUUUCAGAGCUGUUGUGCGGGGGUUGGCUUUUUUCUUAUUAAAGUGCAAUUUAUUUUAAAUGUAAUGGCCCAGUGG